AUUGAUUACCUUCUAUAAAUACCUCACCCCACCCCUGAGCCCUCCCAAAUCCGAGCAAAUCAACAACACACGAUCAAUCGAUCGAUUAAUCCUCUCGAGUAAUCGCCUUGAAAUCAUCGGUUGAUUUCUUGCAGAGAUUAAGUAGCAGCAGGUGUUCGUCGAGCCGAGCGGCGAUGUCUCCCUCCCCUGAUCUCGCCCGGAUCCUCCCCCGCGUGCUCAUCGUCUCCCGCCGCACCGUCCGCAAGAACAAGUUCGUCGACUUCGUCGGGGAGUACCACCUCGACCUCAUCGUGGGAUACGGCGCAGUGCCGGUGAUCGUGCCGCGGGUCGCCGGCGUGCACACGCUGCUCGACUCGUUCGAGCCCAUCCAUGGCGUGCUGCUGUGCGAGGGCGAGGACGUCGACCCGUCGCUGUACGGCGGCGGCGGUGCGGGGUCGGGGGGGCUCUCGGCGGAGCAGCUCGACGCUGUGCGGAGCCUCCACCCGAGCGACGCCGCCAUCGACCACGAGAAGGACUCCAUCGAGCUCCGCCUCGCGCGCCGCUGCCUCGAGCGCAACAUCCCCUUCCUCGGCAUCUGCCGCGGCUCGCAGGUGCUCAACGUCGCCUGCGGCGGCACGCUCUACCAGGACGUCGACCACGAGCUCCCCGCCGCCGCCGCCGCCGUUCGCCACAUCAACUACGACAACUACGACGGGCACCGCCACCCGGUGCGCGUCCUCCCCGGCACGCCGCUGCACGAGUGGUUCGCGGAGUCGCUCGACGGCGAGGACAGCCGGCUGACGGUGAACAGCUACCACCACCAGGGCGUGCGGCGGCUGGCGGAGCGGUUCGUGCCCAUGGCGUUCGCGCCGGACGGCCUCGUCGAGGGGUUCUACGACCCCGACGCGUACAACCCCGGCGAGGGCAAGUUCAUCAUGGGGCUCCAGUUCCACCCGGAGCGCAUGCGGAAGGCCGGCUCCGACGAGUUCGACUACCCGGGCUGCCCCAUGGCCUACCAGGCGUUCGUCCGCGCCGUCGUCGCGUACCAGGAGAAGCUGGCCGCCGCCGCCGCCGCCAUGCCCGCCUCGCCGAAGCUGAACCAGGAGAUGGAGAAGCAGCGCAAGGUGCUCGUCCGGAGCUUCUCGCUCGCCAAGAACCUGUACGUCUCCGGCGCCGAAGCUGGCACGCCGCGGCCGGCCGAGCAGCGCGACCUCGACGCCGGCGCCGAGUUCCUCGAGGUAAAAACCCAGCCCAACCACCGCACCUCCACCGGCGCGCACGGAUGCCAGCCGCCGGACUUCAAAGCUAACCGCCGUGGCGUGGUGUGUGUGGUGCAGCAGUCGAACACGGCGGCGCUGAGCGUGCAGCAGGAGAAGCGGCUGAAGCAGAUGGGCGCGACGGUGAGGAACGCGUCGGGGUACAUCAACCGGCUGAAGCUGAACGAGGAGCGGGAGGCGGCGGCGAGGGCGCUCAUGGCGAAGAUGUCCAUCGACCAGCUCUCCGACCUCGCCUCCUUCUACCACAUCAUGGGGACCAUCUGCUCCGAGGUGCUCGACAGGAAGCUGCACUCCGCUGCUCCCGCUCCAUGAAUCUCUCUUGCCUCGCUCUCCAUCACACCAUGCUGUGUGCUCCUGCUUGUUUGUUUGUUUGAUCAUUCUCAUGACGACAUGAUUGAUAUUAUCAAAUGUUAAUGCAAAUGUUUACGAGAUAAUAUUAUCGUGUUUCUGUUCUUCAUU